GACGUCGUUUAUAAUAAAUCACUUUUUUUUUUUUUUUUUUAUGAAUUAUUGUCUGGCGCGCGCGACCGACGUGUCCACAGGGUGUGAUGGUAACGCAAACCGCUCGGCUCACAGAACAGACAGUACUGGUGGCCUCGUGCGCGAUCGCAUCAGCUUCUGUUUGGACGCUGUCGACGAUAAACGAGCGCAUGGCGCGCCCGUAGUGAGGUCGUUUGGACGGCGUGGAGGGGAGCGAGGGCGAACGACGUACGACAAGUAUGUUUGGUCAGAGCCUGUUCGGGAUUGUUUUAUCCGGGCGAGGAAGGUUCGCGACAGACUUGAAGUUUUGUCGAGGACACGAAUGAUUACUUUUGGACAACAUUUUGCCAUAUCAUUGGCUACUCAACAGCACAAAACUAAAAAUCAACAGGAACAAGAUCAUCAAAAUCAACAAGAUACAGCACCAGGCGGAGUUAAUAUUCUAUUGGGAGGGGUUAUGAUGAGUAGCAUGAUAUUAUUUAUUUUAUGGAUGUGUUAUUGUUGUCGAUGGAAAGACAACAAGUUUGAUACAUCUACAUGUGAUGAACAGCCACAACCUUUUUGGAUUGAUGUUAAUUCAAACACGUAUUAUGAAGCAUUACAAUGGUCUUUACAACAAGAAUGUUGUGAAAUACCAGAAACGUAUUAUACACCAGAAACAAUGCAAGAAACACCACCAAGAUAUGAAACAGUAAUCACACCACCUCCUGGAUAUGAAGAUGUGAUGAGAGAAAAUUACAAAAAGAAAAAAUCUUUAUUGGGUGUCACAGAAAAUAAUAAGAUGCAUACUAUUUGACCACAAUUGUUUUAAGCUUAUAUAUACAAUAUACAUACACAUAUAUAUUUACACUAAACUAUUUACAUUAGGAAUUACAGGGGAGUAGAAAAUCUAAACAAAUCUGUUCAUGUUUUGUACAAUUUUAUUUUAUUGUUUUUUGUAAAAAUAUAUUAUACAUUUUACUUAUAAAUUAUAGUGAUUAGAUGUAAUUUGGUAUGAUGUGUUUAAGUAUAAAAAUUACCAAUAACAA